AGCAGAGCAGCAGCCCACCGGAAGUAAACAGAGGCUGGAGCGCAGCGCCACAGGUAGCAUCAGGUAGCAUCAUGUAGCUGCGGCUUUCAGCGGGUUCUGCUAAAUCUUUGUUCUGACUCGAACAUGAAGCGAACAGAACCAGCCUCUGGGAGGAACCUGUGACCAUGUGACUGUGGGCCCUAAGUGGGUCAGUUUGGGGUGCUGUUGUGGUUCUGAGGUGAUGGAGACCUGGACCCCGAACCCCCGGGCCAAGCCGUUCAUCCCGCGGCAGCAGAGAAGCUGGUACCUGACCUGGAAGUACCGGCUGACCCAGAGGAGGAGCCUCCGGCGGUUCUGUCAGGCCGGCGCCGUGCUGUUCCUCUUCGUCACCGUUGUGGUGAACAUCAAGCUGAUCCUGGACACGCGGCGAGUCGCUGAUGAAGACGCUGCCGAUCAGGAAUACGACGUUGUUCCCAACAUGGAGACUCCUCGCCGGCCGGCCAGCGGCAGGAAGGUUCUGGACAUCGAGGUUUACUCCAGCCGCUCCAAGGUCUAUGUGGCUGUGGACGGAACCACGGUUCUGGAGGACGACGUGCGGGAGCAGGGCCGAGGCGUUCACGUCAUCGUCCUCAACCAGGCCACUGGUCAUGUGAUGGCCAAGCGGAUCUUCGACACUUACUCCCCCCACGAGGAUGAAGCCAUGAUCCUCUUCCUCAACAUGGUGACCCGCGGCCGGAUCCUCAUCUUCACUGUCAAGGACGAGGGAACGUUCCACCUGAAGGACGCAGCCAAGAACCUGCUGAAGAGCCUGGGCAGCCAGGCGGCACUGGGCCUGAGCUGGAGGGACAUGUGGACCCUGGUGGUGAAGAAAGGAGGUCAGGUAUAUGGAGAGAAGCACUCCAAGUCUCCGGCUCUGUCCACAUGGGGCGACCCGGUUCUGCUGAAGACCGAGGUCCAGCUCACCGCCGCUGAAGAGGCCGAGUGCCACUGGGCCGACACAGAGCUCAACCGGAGGAGGAAGCUGUUCUGCAGCAAGGUGGAGGGAUACGGCAGCAUCUGCAGCUGCAAAGACCCGGCGCCCAUUGAGUUCAACCCCGAUCCGCUUCCCAGUAACAACGUCUUCAAUGUCCCAGUGGCCGUCAUCGCUGGGAACCGACCCAACUACCUGUACCGGAUGCUGCGCUCGCUGCUCUCGGCUCAUGGAGUCAACCCCCAGGUGAUCACCGUCUUCAUCGAUGGAUACUACGAGGAGCCCAUGGACGUGGUGGAGCUGUUCGGGUUGAAGGGCGUCCAGCACACGCCCAUCAGCAUCAAGAACGCCCGCGUCUCCCAGCACUACAAGGCGAGUCUGACGGCGACCUUUAACCUUCACCCUGAUGCCGGGUUUGCCGUGGUUCUGGAGGAGGACCUGGACAUCUCUGUGGACUUUUUCAGCUUCCUGAGUCAGACCAUCCACCUGUUGGACCAGGACGACAGCCUGUACUGCAUCUCAGCCUGGAACGACCAGGGCUAUGAGCACACAGCGGAGGACCCCGCCCUCCUCUACCGGGUGGAGAGCAUGCCUGGCCUGGGCUGGGUGCUGAAGAAGAGCAUCUACAAGGAUGAGCUGGAGCCAAAAUGGCCGACCCCCGAAAAGCUCUGGGAUUGGGACAUGUGGAUGAGGAUGCCGGAGCAGAGGAAAGGCCGAGAGUGCAUCAUUCCCGACGUGUCGCGCUCCUACCACUUUGGCAUCAUUGGCCUCAAUAUGAACGGAUAUUUCCACGAAGUUUAUUUCAAGAAGCACAAGUUUAACACGAUUCCCAACGUCCAGCUGAGGAACGUGGAGAGUUUGAGGAAAGACGCAUAUGAGGCGGAGAUCCAGAAGCUGUUGAGGGAAGCGGAGCUGCUGGAUCACUCCAGGAAUCCCUGUGAGGACUCAUUCGUCCCGGACACGGACGGCAAGACUUACAUCAUGUUCAUAAAGAUGGAGACUGAGCUGGACACGUCCACCUGGACCGAGCUGGCCAAGUGCCUCCAUGUUUGGGACCUGGAUGUUCGAGGAUAUCACCGAGGACUCUGGCGGCUCUUCAGGAAAAGGAACCACAUCCUGGUCAUUGCCGUGCCGAUCUCUCCGUACUCCGUGAAGAAACCGGCCGCCCUCGUCCCCAUCCACCUGGAGCCGCCGCCCAAAGAGGAAGGGGCGCCGGUGGAGCAGCUGUAGACCCAAACGCCGGCCUGAUCCGCCAGAACCGGAACCGGACAGGAAACUCUCCUGGAGCUUUGGGUCUUAGAACGAAGUCAGUCUGGAGACGGAACGGUUCCAGUGAGAACUGGUUAUUAAUAUUAACUCUUCAUGCUCUGAACAUUUUAACAUUUCAGAGAGAGAAAGAAACUCAGAGGAACUGAAAUCUAUUUUUAGACAAUUAGAACCGGCCAGGUUUUCACUGAACCGGGUUAACGUUCAGAAUCUGGAUCCUGGAGGACGGAGUUUGAACCUCAGCCUGCUGCUCAGGAGGAAUCGAACCUCCGACCCGCCGAGUUUGGAGAAACUACUGAACUCUGAACAUUUCAGCUUUUUAUGUUUUCAACCUUUUAUAUUAAUACUAAAGUUCUGAUUGGUGGAUUUUUAAAUGUUACAACUUUUAAGCCUCAAAAUUAUCCAAACGAUGACAGACAAGAUUAUUUUUUGCUAAAAGUCUCAUUGAAACUGGAACCUGGACUGGAUCUGGUUCUGCAGAACUUCUGAUUGGUUCAGCACAGUUUCAGGAUCAGCUGAGGGCCGUUCCUAUGGAAACAGAAAACAACCCAACAUAAACAGGACUCUACCGCCCCCUGCUGGCCGUUGCAGAAAUGACAGGUUCUUUCUCAUGAAGCCCGGUUGGUUCCGGCUGCUGAGCCUCAGCUUUUAGAAACAAAAUGAAAUAAAUCCUGCCCAUCAUGGAGGCAGACGACGUGUUCAGGUUCUAUUAGGUUUUAGCAGUAAAAAAGUCCAGAUUUCCUCUCAUUUUUUCCAGUGAAAUGAUGUGAGGAACAGAAUCCGACCGGAUCCGUUUUCAGGAGAAAAACCUUUUUGGGAUAGUUUGUUUAUUAAGCGUUGGCAGCGUUCAUUCCAGUUUAUAUGACGCUUUAGGACCAGACUGAGAAAGGAAAAAAUAAUGUCCAAAUAUUACCAGAAUAAAAUCACAACAGUAUAAAAUAGUCAUAUUAAUAUGAUAACGACAUAAUAAUGCAAGAAUAAAAGUUAAAAUACCAUAAAACUUAAUGUUCAUAUUAUUUAAGCUUUCAACACUCUUGUACUUCAUUGUCAUAAUUAAUAUGUUUUAGCCUGGCCCUAAUACUCCAUUGUAAGUUUAAACCCAAAUUAUUCAGGUUUAAAUUUGAGUCUUAUCUGAUCUGCAGUGUGACUGAACUCCAGUUUUAUGUUUGACUUUAUGGUUUUUUCUAUUUUAGUUUGCCGUGAAGCAUCUCAGUGACUCGUCUUGGGCUGAACGUCUCAGAUGUUUUAUUUCUCUGACUGAAUAAAGAUGUUUUUAAAUUUUU